GUGCCUUCAGAUAGAACCAGUUUUUUAUUUCGCCCUAUUUUUACGCGGAAUUGUUUACAUCAGUUGUUGUUUGGCUGUCAAGAUGUCAGUCAUCACAAAAGUUCCCGAGCCAAAUAUAUACGAAGAAAUAUGUAAAGAGUUCUCUGGAUACAAACAAAUCAGAGAGGACGAUGAACUCUCAGUGGCUACAGACUACCAGGACUAUGAUCCUUCAAAACACAAUCCAGUGUUCUUCGGGAAAAUGUACAGCCACAUUCCGACUGAUACACUGGCAUAUGAAGAAGUUGAUGUUGCCCAGACUCAUCCAUCAGUAAUUGGUUACGCUUUCACAGAGAAGCCAACAAAGUCACCAUCUCCACCGCCUACUCCUGUGCCUUCAAAAUAUGAAUGUAGCCCCAGUGAAUAUCUAGAGCACCAUGUUUUCCCAGUUCUUCUACCUGCAAUGGAGAGAAUGCUUGAACAAGCAAAGAAGGAAAAGUGCUUUGAGAGAAAAAGAACAAAAUUUGAUGCCCUUGACUACGUAACUGAGUUUUUAUACAACAACAAUUCUGCUAGAAAAGAUAAACCAAAGACAAAUCUGGAAGACAUUCCGUUUGUAAAAGAUUGGCUGGAAGAUCAUCCACGGCCACCAUUACCACUGUCUUUGAUCUGGACGGAAGAUGAAGCUGCUCUCAAAAUCCAGGCUUUUUGGAGGGGUUACCAGGUUCGCAAAGAUCCAGAGGUACAGGAGCUGCGCCAGUGGCAGGCCGAAUGGCGCGAGGAAAAGGGUGAUGUUUCGCGCCGUGUAAGCGACUUCUGGGAGAAAAAGAUGCCAGAAUCUCCAAACAACACCACCGAAAAUAUAACCCCAGAAAAUAAAUCGACAGAAAAUAAAACAGACACUGUAAAGACUCCACCUGUGUGAUCCAGACUCUGAGUAAACAUGUUUACUUCUAGUACUGUUGCAUUUUGUAUAAAAUGAAAUAUUUGGUUCAAAUUUUCUUUUCAUUAUUUUUUGGCUAUCAAUUAAGUGUAAAUGAUGCUUUUUCUAAUAUCCCUGUACUGAACGAGCUAUUUAUUAUAUAAAAUGGACGUAUGGCACUUAUUGUACUGCACCUGGACAUCUAUGGAAGUCUGUUUAAAAUAUAUUCUAUUUUAACACAAACAAUUUUGCAAUCUUUUAUUUGUCUGGGAAUCUGUGUUUUUGUCAUUAAUUGAUACAUUAAAUUGCUUGUGAUAAUCUUAAUUUUCAUUUUUGUUUUAAAACGCAUAUACACAAAUAUAUUCUGUGAUACUUUUUAUUUAUAUUUUGAAUGGAAUUUCACAUGUGCAUGACAAAAUAGUACUUGUUUGGAAUAUACAUUUUUGGUCAUAAAUCUUCGGACAAAAUACUUCAUAACUGUUAUCAAUACUGAUAAAAACAGUACCUUUAAUUGCAAUUUUUUUUUACUCCUCCCACAUAAGUUAACCAUAGAAGUAAGUAAUUUAUAUGCGAUUGCAUAUAUGUCAUCAAAACUCAGUAUUUGAUUGGCUGACAAGUCCUGUCUAUCAAAUGGCUUGUGCUGUUAUGACACUCCUUUUGUUGUGCUUACUGAUAUUAGUGCCAGUGGACUUUAAACAAGGUGCAUGAGAUUGAUAAAAACAAUAUCAGGAUGUUUUUAUAGAAUGAUUUUACCAUGAUGAUUGCAUUUUUUUCGUUGGUGUACUCUCUUAUUGUCAAAUCUUAUUUGCUAAAACUGAAAAAUUGUCAAUGGUCAGUAAACAAAAAAGAACACAUUGUAUAGAUUUUGUUUUUCUAUUUGAAAGUCUUCUAUGACCACUGAUGUUAAAAAUUUUGCUUUCCUUGUUAAAACCUGGGUUCAUAGAAUUAGUUAUUGUAUGGGAAUAAAUAAUUUGUCA